GAGAAAUGAAAAAAUUCACACGGUUGAUGGAAAAAAAUUUCUUGUGGAAAGUUUUUCUUUGAAAAAAAAGUGUUAAUAUUAAACAGAAAUCUAUUAAUUUAUAUAAAAACACAAACUUCAAGUGUAUAUUUAAUAAAAAUAUAUGAAAUAAAUAUGUAUAUUUCGAAAUAUAUAAGAAAAUAAGUGCAAGAAAAAACAAGACUACUUUUUAAAAGUGUACAAAGAAGAAUUUUUUUUCUUAAUUGAGGCUGCUUGCAAGAUUUUUUUCUUCUUGACGGUAGACAACGACGACACCAGAAGAAAUCUGUAAAGGAAAAAAGACAAAAAAAUGGAAAACGUAGUGGCGUUUAAUAAUGAGCUUUCUGGGCUCUACGAAAGUAAACCGCCUAUAUCAAAGGCUAAAAUGGCUGCCAUCACAAGAGCUGCCAUGAGAGCCAUUAAAUUCUAUAAACAUGUUGUACAAAGUGUGGAGAAAUUUAUAUUGAAAUGUAAACCAGAAUAUAAAGUUCCCGGUCUAUAUGUUAUCGAUUCGAUAGUGCGACAAUCUCGUCAUCAAUAUGGUGCUGAAAAGGAUGUAUUUGCACCACGUUUCGCCCGCAAUAUGAAAGAAACUUUUGCAAAUUUAUUUCGUUGUGCUCCAGAAGAUAAAAGUCGUAUUAUACGUGUAUUGAAUCUAUGGCAAAAGAAUAACGUUUUUGCUCCCGAUGUUAUACAGCCAAUAUUCGAUUUAGCCGAUCCAAAUCAUCCUAUUUAUUCAAUGCCUCCACCGGGUGCUGCAUCCAGUUCAUCGGGUCCCAGUGGUUCGGGUAAUCUAAGUAUAGGAGAUAUGUCAGCAUCUCAAGCAAAUGGAGGUUUAAAUACUUCUGGUAGUUCGAUGGAUAUAAGUAUGGGCGGUGGUGUAGGUAGUGCUGGUGCCCAAGCGGAUGAUAAAUUACCACCCAGUGGUUUAGCUGAUCUAUCGUCUGUAAGUCCUCACGAAAGAUCACGCAAUACUAACAACUCAUUGAGACAAUUAGAACAUAAGCAACACAGUAGUAAGCGUUCAAACAAUAACAAUAAUAAUGCCACCGCUAUGGCCUCAACUUCCAAAUCACGCGGCGAACAUUCUUCGAAGUCAACAUUGGAAUCGAUAAAAAUCCAUCAUCCCGAAACUUAUAGUAAAUAUCAACGUAGCUCUCAUGAUUAUGAUUACGAUGAUGGUCAUCAUAUUGCCGACGAUGAAGAUAGCAGUGAUGAAUGUGGUACUUCACCCAAGAAGUCCAAUAAUCUGUUAGAUAACAACAAUCUAAAACAAUUAUUAAAUGAUCCCAAUGUUUUACGUCAAUUGCAAACAUUGCAAAAUUUUACCAAAUUCAAACAAGACGACAAACAACAACAUAAUUUACGUUUGCAAGAAGAGGCUUUCGAAAAACAUUUACAAAAUGUUUUAAAGAAUUCAGCCUCUUCUAGUUCUGGUAACCAAGAUGCUAAUGAUUUCAAUAAAGAGGUAGAAUUCGUUUCGGAGGAACAAAAAAUUGAGGUUAUCAAUUUGGAUGGCAAUGAUUCUCGUAGUCCCACACCAGAUCGUGAUCGCUAUAAGAGACGUCGCAGCCGUAGUCGUUCCCGUUCACGUGAUCGUGGAGGUCGCAAUCGUCGAGGACGUAGCCGUUCUCGUUCACGCAGUCGUUCACCACGUUCGAAUCGCCGUCGCAAUUCCAGAGAUCGUGAGCGUACCAAUCGUGACAAGGAAAAGGAUCGUGAACAUGAACGUGAACGCCGCAAAAAGGGUCUUCCAGAGAUUAAAAAGGAUCAUUUAAGUGUUUGCAGUACCACACUAUGGGUGGGACAUUUAUCAAAACUUGUCUAUCAGGAGGAAUUAUCCGAUACAUUCGGUGAAUAUGGUGAUAUUGUGAGCAUUGAUCAAAUAGUACCGCGUGGUUGUGCUUUCAUUGUUAUGAAUCGUCGCCAAGAUGCCCACAAAGCUAUGCAGAGUCUUAAGAAUCAUAAACUGCAAGGUAGAGCCAUAACCAUAUCAUGGGCAGCCGGUAAGGGUGUCAAGAGUAAGGAAUGGAAAGAUUUCUGGGAUUUGGAGCUGGGUGUUACCUAUAUACCAUGGAAUAAACUGGAUGAGAGCACCGAUUUCGAUGCACUCGAAGAGGGUGGUAUGUUCGAUGAGGAUUCCAUGCCCAGUUGGAUGAAGGAGAAGAUUAACAAAUUGAAGAGUUUGAAAGAAGGUGGUGUUGGCGGUGAGCAUGUAAAUUUGCCUGGUGCGGCCGGUUUGGCGGGACCACCGCCUGUUUUACCUCCCGGCGGAAAUCCAGCUAUGAUGUUUGGCAUAGAUACAACACAGCCACCACCAGGACCUCCACCCACUGGUGGUCCACCACCAAUGUUACCCAUGGUACCGGGUCAAUUCUCAAUGGCACCUCCCAUGGGCGGACCGCCGCGUAUGUUGGGACCUCCUCAUAUGGGCAUGCCUAUAUCUGGUAUACACAUGCCGCCUAAUAUAGUGCCUCCUCAUGCUAUGAUGAUGAUGCCGGGCUUUGGUAUGCCGGGACCAGGCGGCGCUCCUCCAAUGGGUCCUCCUCACAUGCCUCCCAUGGCUGGGCCACAUCCCACGCAAUUUCCCCCACCACCCGGUGGACCCCCAGCCUCAACCAUGGCUUCCAAUGUGUCUAGUGAUGAUCAAAUGGAUAUUGAAAUGGAAGACGAAGAAGGUGCCACAGUGGCUUCAGCAAAUCCACCAGCAGCAUCUGGCAGUGGUAUGAAUUUCUCACAACCUCCUCCAGCAUUUGCGGGCGGUAGUGGUGAAAAUUCAGCUGCCGCUGCAGGAGAACCGUUUUCGCGUGAACGCAAUCGUGGUGGCGCGGGAGGUUCUAGAUGGGGAGGACGUGGAGGCGGUGUUGGGCCUGAUGAUGAGGUCAAUGAGGGUAGAUGGCGGGAGAAUGGUGGCCAAGGUGGUCCCCAUAAUUUUGGUGACUCAGGACCACGUAAUGCAGGCGGUCCACCACAUAGGCCUGAUUUUAUGAAUGAUUAUGACAAACGUGGUGGACCUGGUCCACGGGGAGGAGGUGGUGGCCCCAAUUUCAAUGGUGGCGGAGGUGAUUUUCAUCCCAACAUGCAAAAUCGCUUUAAUCAGCCAACAAAUUUAAUGCAAAUGCGUAUACCUCCACCAAAUGCGUUUAAUCAAAGAGGUGGUCCAGGCGGGGGUGGACCACCCAUGUUUAUGCGUGGCGGUCAAGGUGGUCCCGGUGGACAAGGUGGUCGACAACAAGGACCUGGAUUUUUCAAUAGAAACAAUCCCUUUGAUCGCGAUAUGAAUGAAGGAUUUGGCGGAAGAGGCAGAGGACGCGGUGGUGGCCGCGGAGGUGGUCGUGGCGGUAGAGGUGGAGCCUUUGGUGGUGGCCGGGAUGGUAUGCCUGGCGGUGGUGGUCCUCAUGGCGGCAAUUGGAGUGACGAAGAAGGAGAUGAAGGUGGUUUCAAACGACGUGGCGGCGGUGGAGGUAUGGGUGGCAAUCGCUUCCGUGAUCGCGAGGGAAGUGCUGAUCGCUUUAACAUGCGUGAUAAUAAUACUAGAGGAGGUCGCCGUGGUGCCGGAGGUCCACCACGUGAACGCAAUGACAGUGAACGAGACAAUCGGGCUGGACGUGGUCCAUCAGCUGGCAGUGGUGGUCGUCGUAUGUCACGAGAUGAGAAUAACAAGAAAAAGCCACGUAUUUGCGAUACCGAAGAAGAUUGGGAUCGUGAGCUAGAAGAUUAUGAUGGCAAGAGCGAUAAGAAACAGUUAGCCCAACAGGCAGCCAAAACUAGCGAAAAUACAAGUAGUAUAGCUAAAAAUACCGCAGAUAACAGUAGUAAACAUGAGGCUGGUAAAAUGGAUAAGCCAGCGCUGCAGGCUAACGACCAGAAAACAGAUGCUAAAGAGGUUAAAGAAGACAAUGAAACUAAAGCGUCUAAACCUCAAACAGUUAACAUGCCACCAGCAGCCACAGAUGAGGGUGAUAAAAAUACUAAAUCUGCCACACCACUAUAUGAUGAACUACCGGCACCCAAGGCCGCCAAUGCAACAAAUAAGCCAGCUAACGAAACGACGACGACAAAUGCCGCCGAAACAGUAAAACCACCAGCAGUAGAGACUGCUAAACCAGCUCCGGUAGCAGCAGUAGCUGAGAAACCAACAGAAACUAAGGCGGCAGUUGAACAAAAACCAGCAGCCAACAACAACACCACCACCACCAACAAAGCAAUAGAAUCUGUUACAACAAGUAGUAAUGAAACGGUGGUGACUGCUGACAGUAAAUCUGAAACUGUUGCUGCUGAAACUGCUGCUGCAGAAGCUUGAACAGUAAAUAUGCUAAAGCCUGCCUUCAGUGCCAUGGCAGAGUUAAACAACAACAACAACAACUAGAACAAUUUAGUAACAUAAAUUCUCCCACAAGAAUGAAAAAGAAAAAGAGAUUUUAAAUGUAUAUUAAUUUAAUUAUAAAA